AUUUGAAUAUGUCUGCACUUUUCUGAUUUUAGCGUAUGAAUGGGACUUUUAUUUUGGAGGGGGAGAUAUGACAUCAUAAGGCUGUGCCAGGCUCCUGCUCUGUUGUGAUUUGGCUGAAGAAAGAAAAACAUCCACGUGACACACUAUUAUAAAGAUGGCGUUUAUUAAAGAGGAGAGUGAAGACAUAAGGAUUUCAGAAGUAUUCAGCAUCAAACAUGAAGAUACUGAGGAACAAACAGAUAUUCAGCUGGAAUAUUCCCAUCAGUUUAUAAGUGAAGACGAGCAUCAAAGCAUCAGGAAGAAAUCUGUAAAGACUGAGUUUAUUAAAGAGGACAGAGAGGAGCUGAGAGAUCCAGAACCCUGCAGAAUCAAACACACUGAAGAUACUGAACAACAAACAGAGUUGAAUGAAGAAAAUGAGGACAAUGAAGAAAUAAGUGAAGUUGCGGAGAAAAAUCACUUCAAAACUGGAGAAAAACUUUUGAAUUGUUGUGAAAGCAAACAGACAAUAUUAAGGAAAACAAGAGCCAAGGGAUCUUUCACCUGCACUCAGUGUGGAAAGAGACUGAAAUACAGAUAUAGUCUUGAUGUUCACAUGAGAGUUCAUACUGGAGAAAAACCUUAUAAGUGUUCACGCUGUGACAAGAGAUUCAGUGUGUCAUCACAUCUGAAAACACAUGAAAGGAUCCACGCUGGAGAGAAACCGCACGCAUGUGAUCAAUGCGGCAAAAAAUUUUUGUGGGCUUCAAACCUGAAGCAGCACCUGAGAGUUCAUACAAAGGAGAAGCCACAUUCAUGUAAUUUGUGUGGAAAGAGUUUUUCACAGCUACAAAGUUUGAAAAUGCAUCAUAAAAAACACACUGGUGUGAGAGAGUACGUGUGCUUUGAGUGUGAGAAGACCUUUACUACCGCAAACUAUUUAAAACUGCACCAGAGGAUUCACGCUGGAGAGAAACCUUACAAGUGUUCACAUUGUGACAAGAGAUUCAGUCAGUCAUCACAUCUGAAAAGACAUGAGAUUGUUCACACUGGAGAAAAACCUUACACGUGUUCACACUGUGACAAGAGAUUCAAUCAGUCAAUACAUCUGAAAACACAUGAGAGGAUUCACACUGGAGAGAAACCUUACAAAUGUUCACACUGCAAAAAGAGUUUCAGUGAUUCAUCAAGUCUGAAAACACAUGAGAGGAUUCACACUGGAGAGAAACCUUACAAAUGUUCACACUGCAAAAGAGAUUCAGUGAUUCAUCAAGUCUGAAAACACAUGAGAGGAUCCACACUGGAGAGAAACCGUAUCACUGCACUGCAUGUGAGAAGCGUUUCAAUGAUUCAACUGCUCUACACAGACAUACAAAAAACAAUCACAGUAAGGAGAUCAUCUUCAGAUCUGA